AGAACGUUGGGGCGAAUUUCUAGAUCCUAUUUAAAUUCUCUUCUUUGAAGAUCUCACAUCUUCAAUAAACUAGCCGUUACAUCUCCUCUCUCUCUAAACUUAGUUCACUAUACCUCCAUUAAUGGCUGCUUCUGUAGAAACUCCUUCACCUAAUCACACUAACAAAGAAGGAGCAAGCUUGAUCAUGGUUUCUGCAACAUCUUUAGAAUCUUCUCCACUGCCUAGUCCAUCCUCAGACAAGCGUCUCUGGAGCAAUCUUCGUAACAGGAUAGAUGUUCUUCUCGAAGCAAAGAGCAAAGAUCUCAAACCCAUUACUAAUUCUCCAUUGAAAGCUCAAACAAUUGUUGGAGAAUCAGAGAGAGCAAAGAGAUUGAGAAAUGAUUCGAUGCUUUUGCUUAAAGGGUUUGACUCUGUUUCUCACACUCUGUCUCAGCUCUCUAGUAAUCUCGACAACGCCCUUCAGGGAGUUAGAGAAUUAGCUAAGCCACCUACAUUAUCUGAGAUACUCCACUCGAAUCUCACAGUUGAUCAGAUGCAACCACAACAGAAAGAAGAUGAAGAAGAAAAAGAAGAAGAAGAAGAAGAAAGUAAAGGGAAGAAGAGGAAACAUGAGUCUGAUGUCGAACAAAAAGAAGACUCGUCGGAUGAAGAUGAGAAGAGACCAAAAGAGAGGAAGACCAUGAAAAGGGCUAAAAACAUUGCGAUAUCAAUGGCAGCAAAAGCAAAUUCGCUUGCAAGAGAGCUGAAAUCAAUAAAAUCCGACCUGAGUUUCAUCCAGGAGCGUUGUGGGUUGCUUGAAGAAGAGAACAAAAGACUCAGAGAUGGGUUUGUGAAAGGUGUUAGACCUGAAGAAGAUGAUCUGGUAAGGCUACAAUUAGAGGUGUUGCUUACGGAGAAAGCUAGGUUAGCGAGCGAGAACGCGAAUUUGGUUAGAGAAAAUCAGUGUCUUCACCAGAUGGUGGAGUACCAUCAGAUCACAUCUGAAGAUCUCUCUGCUUCUUAUGAACAAGUCGUUCAAGGUUUAUGCUUAGAUUUCUCAUCCCCUUUUCCUGAAAUCAGUAAUGAUGAAGAAGAAGAGGAAGGAACAGCUCUCCAUGUCUCAAAAUCCCUCAACGAAAGCUUUGAAACAGCAGGAGAAGAAGAAGAAGAGGAGCAACAACAUUGAUUAAGACAUUUUUUAGAUUCUGUGUGUUUAGUAAAACCCUUAUUUAAGCUUUUCAGCAGUUUCUUGGUCUGUAAGAUAUAAAUUUGUGACACAUUCCACUGUUUGUUGUAAUAAUUUGGUCCAAGUAUUAGGUUAACAAAACAAGUUGCAAAAUAUAAUGCACACUGUUUGAAUUUUUGGUUUACCCUUGCAAGUGCUUACCGCUUAGUGACUGCUGUGAAGGUUCUUGUUUUGCUUAGUAGGCCG